GGGGAGUCUCCCUCCUUCCACGCCUCGGGGAGCACGCCGGGCUGAAUUUAACUCGUAACAACCGUACAUUUUGUGGUGUUCCGUGUACGGUCAGUGCUCACGGCGUAGAACGAACGCGAAUGGCAGCCGACUACGAUCCUCACUCUCCGCACGGAGAAUUCGCGCGCCGUCAUCGUUUCGACUUUCAGUUUAACAACGCGAGCUCGCCCGAACAGAUAGUUUAAGAGGGACACUGAACAGUACGAUUUUGGCGCGCUCGCAAUGGUUUGAAUAGCGACGCGUCCGCCGCGUCGGGAGAAUGCUCGAGACGUAUGUACGAGUUUUUUUGACGAGCCGGAGAAAAGUAUGAAAGUACAUUAGCGAACAACGGAUAAAAGUUUCGGGCUAUUAUAAGAAGGAGGACGAAGGUACAAUAUACUUUUUGAAAAUCGAGGACGAUGAAACUGGGAUCUAAACUUCGAUAAAGAAUAAUAAAAAUUGUUGAAAAUUGUUGAAGAAGACCAUGUGGAUCAGACGAGACGUUCGAUUAACAAGAUGACUACGAUGAAAACAAUUGGCUCGUCUUCUUGGCUCAUACGAUCUUAUAAGAGAAGCAGAUUCAAGGAAGACUGGCCGAUACUAUUAUUUCUAUUGUUAGCAUGUGUUUCGGAAAGUUGCACGGCUCGAAACAAUCCGCCACGCUUUCUCAUCGACGGACAGCCAGAAAUUGUUCUGAGAUUGAAAGAGGGUCCAGAAACACUAAUCGGCAGCUUAAUUUAUAGACUACGUGGCGUCGAUCCUGACGGUGACAGUCUGACGUUCGGUGUCAGGGAUCAACCUGGAAGCGAUGUAAUUCGACUUGAGAAUUUCGGUCUUAACGAAGCUAAUAUAUAUCUCAAUAAAUUGCUGGACAGAGAGGUUCGAGAUGAAUACGCUUUGGUGCUAACUCUGACGGAUGGAAAGUUAGGAGAAGGAAAUUUUAUCACUCAAAGUUUGUUGCUAUUGGUGGAAGAUAUCAACGAUAAUGUGCCAAUUUUUCGACCUCAUCCAACAUCUUUAACAAUACGAGAAGAUUCUGGUCCAGGUAUAUUAACAACUGUCGAAGCAACCGAUGCAGACGAAGGUGCCCAUGGACAGGUUGUUUAUUACCUUCAAGAAUUAGAUGGAGACAACGAUAUUUUCGGGAUAUCGACUGUCAAUGGGAAAGGAAUCGUGCGAUUGCUUGGUCGACUGGAUUACGAGAGGAAAUAUUUAUAUCAACUGAGAAUAUUGGCAGUAGAUCGUGCGAUUAACGAAAAAGUAAACACAGGAACAACAGCUAUUUUAGUGAAGGUACAAGACGUCGAGGAUCAACCACCCGAAUUCAUAUCCAUGACACCGGUUGCUAGAAUCAGCGAGAAUGCCAGGAUCGGCACAUCCGUUUUACAAGUCCGAGCUGCUGAUGGCGAUAAAGGAAUCAACAACAAAGUUACCUAUAGUAUCACUCAAGGACCAAGAUACCUGUUCGAUAUCGAUGCUACUUCCGGUCUGGUGUUCACAAGAGCUCAGCUCGAUAGAGAAGCUGAGGAAAAUAUCGAAGGUACAUUCGUUUUGGAAAUUACUGUUAAGGAAGUAUCAAGAAUAAUUCCACCACCGUCCGUAUCGACGGAGGUAACAGUGAUCUUGACCGAUGUUAACGACGAAACUCCAACCUUCCGAAGUUCGCAUUACCAAGCUGAGAUAAACGAGAACUCUCCACAAAACACACCCGUCAAUUUUAUUGGUGACGCUAUACCUGAAGUCUAUGAUCACGAUUUGGGGACAAAUGGUACAUUUCGAAUGUUCAUUGAAGGAGGUAAUGGAAUAUUUGAUGUAACACCUUCGAGAGGUAUCAACGAGGUACCGUUUAUAAUUCGCGUAAAGAAUUCUAGCGAGCUUGAUUUCGAGAAAAGAUCAGUGGUCAAUUUUACUCUGAUCGCCAAAGAGAUCGUAUCGCAUGAACCUAAAUACAAUGCUGUACCAGUGACAAUUUUCAUAACGGAUCAAAAUGACAAUUAUCCUGAAUUUACAAAAAACAUUUAUGAAGUCUCCAUCGAAGAAAAUUGUCCGGUUGGUAGUACGGUAGCAUGGGUUCAAGCUUUGGACGAAGACAGUGGGACUUUUGGAUCACGUGGGAUUAGAUACACAAAUUUAGGCGGUAGUAUUGCACACGCCUUGAUAUUAGAUCCAAUAAGCGGAGUGAUUACUGUUAAACAAACUGGUCCGAGUUUUGAUCGAGAAUUAGUUUCUCGACAUUACUUAACAAUUGAAGCUAGAGAUGAUCUUGGAAAGGGUAAUCGUAAUACCGCUCAGCUGAUCGUCAAUAUCAAUGAUGUAAACGACAAUGCACCAGUUUUCUUACAAAACAAGUACGAGGCUGUUCUUUUAGAAAAUGAAGAUCACUUCGAAGCACCAUUGGUCGUUGAAGCUUUCGAUAUAGAUUUAAAUGGUACAAAGAACAGCGACAUAAUAUAUGCUUUGGUGUCCGGCGAGUUUUCGAAGAACUUUACGAUCGAUCCGAAACGUGGUAUAAUAAGUUUGGUCAAUCCAUUAGACUUCGAAGCACUACCUAUUAAUCAAGGUCACAUGGAAACGUCAGUGAGGCAUUUGAAAUUAACGGUGAGAGCCAGAGACAUGGGAACGCCAAGUCUGAGUUCCGACGCACCCGUCAUUAUUUAUCUCAAGGACGUUAAUGACAAUCCACCUUCUUUCGAAAGAACAUUAUAUAAACGAAGUAUCCCGGAAGAUUUAGAAGGUGGAACUAGCGUCUUGCAGGUGAGAGCUUGGGACAAGGACUUGUCUUCGCCAAAUAACAAAAUAGUUUAUCGUAUACAAAACGGUGCCGGUGAUAAGUUCGUGAUCGGUCCCGAAACCGGUGUGAUUAGGGUCGCAUCUGGUUCUAAUUUAGACCCCGAUUUGACGUCACCCAAAACUACGAGAUAUAGUUUAAACGUAGUGGCCAUCGACAGUGGAACGGAAAUACAAAGAACUGCCGAGGUUCUUGUGAAUAUAACUAUCGUUGAUGUCAAUAAUAAACCUCCAUUAUUCAUCGACCCUGGUACUGUUGUUAUUCGAGAAAACACGCAAGAAACAUUUAGAUUUUGUAAUAUUGAUGUGUCCUGUCAGGUAGGAGCCUACGUACAUCGAGUUGUUGCUAACGAUCCGGACAUAGCACCGAUUUUACGUUAUCGAGUCGAUCACAAUUCGUCCGAGGCACGAAACGAGGAAGGAACUUUGAUCAAAAUCCAAGAAUACGAUUAUUUGGCAACCUUGGAAUUAAACGCGAUCGAUGGUUUGCUAAGGGUAGUCAAACUUUUGGACAGGGAACGAGUUGAAACGAUAAGACUCGGUUUGGUUGUAGAAGAUUUGGCUGCCGUUAAAGGAUUGCAAACUGCGUCUGCUGUAUUGAGUAUAAUCAUCGAAGACGAAAACGAUAAUAAUCCAAAAUUUCGAAGACCAUUUUACAGACGAUCGGUUACAGAAAAUAGUAAAAAUGGUGUUAAUAUAGCUAGCAUUGUUGCCGAUGACGCUGAUAAAAAUCGUAGUAUCACGUAUUCCUUAGAAAGUCCAAAAGAAUUAACCGAUCUUGUACAUUUGGAUCCGGAAACUGGUGAAAUGGUCGUCGCAAAUAAGAUCGAUCGGGAAUUGUAUCCUUGGCUUAAUCUUACUGUCCGAGCUACUGAUUCAGGAAUACCACCUAGAUCAAGCUUGUCGGAAGUGUACGUUCAAGUACUCGACGAAAACGAUAAUAAUCCAUAUUUUGUCACAGAAAUUAGUAACAUAACUGCAGCGGAAAACGCCAAAAUUGGCACAGAAAUUGCUAUAAUUCAAGCAAGAGAUCUUGAUAGCGGCGAUUAUGGGAAAAUUACAUAUCUUCUAGAUAGAAUGUCGUCUCAGGGUAAAUUUGCCAUUCAUCCAGAAACAGGAGCUGUAACGGUUGCUGAUACACUCGAUUGGGAAUCCAGGCAUAAUUAUGUUCUAGUCAUAGAGGCUUGGGAUAAUUAUCAAUUUGGUUAUACAGCUGGGGAAUCGAGAAACGCUUUUAAACAAAUUCCAGUUACGGUAAUCGAUGUAAACGAUAAUUCUCCGAAAAUCGAGGUACCUCAGGAAUGUGUCAGCAUAUCGGAAUUUCACGAUAUUCGAGAUUCCAUAGUGGUUGCAAAGGCACAGGAUGCUGAUGAUCCUACGACUCCCAACGGACGUGUCGUUAUUAGAAUAUUGUCUGGCAACGAGAUGGGUUUGUUCAUGCUCGAACAAGUGGAUUAUUGGACGGCACGGAUUAAAGCUGUCCGAAGUUUGAGAGGAAAGUUCGGUAAUUAUUCGUUGAAGUUGGAAGCUCGUGAUCUCGGAGUUCCAAGUAACAAGGAGACAGCGAUCUUAGAUAUUUGCGUGACAGACUACAAUGACAAUCCGCCUAUAUUUAUCAGCCCGCAACAUAACACGACCAUUCGUGUAUCCGAAAACGUGACGGUCGGCACACCAAUAAUUCAAAUAGUCGCGGAAGAUGCCGACACUGGUCCAAACGGAGACGUUCACUUUCGUCUAAAACAGGAUCUUGCUGGACAUUGGAGAACUUUUCAUAUAGACGAUAGAACCGGUGUUAUAUCUUUAAAGCUUCCAUUAGACAGAGAACUUCAAAGAUUGUACGAAAUACGAGUCGAAGCUUACGAUUUAGGAAUACCGACACCCUUGAGCUCUGAUUUGGAUUUAAUAAUUUAUGUUCGCAAUAUAAACGAUUACGAGCCUCAAUUUUUGAUCGACGUUUUUAACGUUAAUUUCACCGAAGAACAAUUGCCUAGAUCGGAAAUGGCGAUGCUUCCUGAAACUAUCGACAGAGACGAAGUCGACGAUCUCGACGAUCCACCAACGCAAGUUUGUUAUUUUAUAGUCGGUGGUAACGACGAUGGAUCAUUUACUUUGGACGUUUAUAAGCACGAGCUUACUACUGCGAGGACAUUAGAUAGAGAAACACAAACACAACACACAUUAAUAAUAAAAGCGACCGAGGAUUGUUCGACCGUCCCGACAAACGAAACUAUCUUCGACGAAACUAAUGAUACACUGUUGAAAGUUAUCGUCACGGUCGGAGAUAUAAACGACAAUCCGCCGAGAUUUGUAAACAAAGUAUUCACUGGAGGGGUUACUACCGAAGCUGACUUUGGAACUCAGUUUAUGAACGUCAAGGCUAUUGAUUUGGACGCGGAAGAUAAUGGAGUUGUCUCUUAUUAUCAAGUUGGAAAAAUGCAUAUGACUUUGACCGAAGGUUUGGACGACAUUCAACUUCAACCAUUUCUCGUUCACAAGCACACCGGCGCGGUUAGUCUGAACUUUGAUCCUCAGAGAGGGAUGAAAGGUUACUUCGAUUUUACGGUCUUGGCUAAUGAUUCACAAGGAUUAAUGGACACAGCGAAAGUAUUUAUUUAUUUAUUACGAGAAGAUCAAAGAGUACGAUUUGUUCUUCGUCAGCAUCCACCUGAAAUUCGGAAUAAAAUCGAAAUAUUUCGACAAACUUUGGGUAACGUCACCGGUGCUAUCGUCAAUGUGGACGAGUACAAAAUUCACGAGAAUCAUGAUGGUUCGGUUGAUCGAACGAAAACGGAUUUAUACUUACACCUUGUAAAUCGUCGCGAUAAUUCGAUCCUCGAGGUGUCUGAAGUAUUAGAAUUGGUUGAUCGAAAUAUCGAGAAAUUGGACAAUCUUUUUAAAGAAUUCAAUGUGCUGGAUACACAGCCAGCUCAAUCGCAACCAAUUGUUCAAUACGAACAAGCUGGUACAACAUUCUGGCUUUUAACAUUAACUUUGUUUCUCGGAGCUCUUCUCAUUUUGUGCAUCGCUUUGUGUCUUUCUCAAAGAGCAUCUUUUCAAAGACAGCUUAAAGCAGCUAAUGCAUCAUCAUUUGGCACAUCGGAUUCAGAAUUUAUUCGAGGUCCAGGACGUGUUCCUAAUACGAACAAGCACAGUAUGGAGGGUUCUAAUCCAAUUUGGAUGCACGCAUACGAAAACGAAUGGUUUAAGAGCGACGAAUCUUACAGUCACACAUCAGAAAGAGAUUCUUUAGAUGAAAAUGCUCUUAAUAAUGAAGAGAUGAUGAAUGAAGUGAAUACCGAACAAAGGACAGAAGAUAAGCCUUAUUAUAUCGAGCCAAGGGUGUCCUCAGUUUCUAGCUCGGAAACCGUAACAGAAGCUACUACUGACUUCAAUCGGAAAUCACCCUUGUAUCUAGGGUCGAUGACAACUGUUAAUCCUCUGGGAAAAAAAAUUGAAACAACAGAGCUUUAAGCGGUUUUAAGUUCAUUCGUAUCGAUCGAAAGAGGAUAGGAACUGUAGAACAUCUAUCUAUACCAGUUGCUUCCGUACAAAUAAAAGAAAUGAAAUAACAUUUGACUAUAUUAAAUUACUGCUGACGUAACUAUACUUUUAUGUAAAUACCAAAGUACAUUAGAAUAACUGAUAGAUAGCUAUAUAGAUUAUUUAUUUAUAUAAGUUAACGUAUACUCGAAAUAUAUAACGUUUAUUUAUUGCCGAAAUAAUUUAUUUAAUCUCAUAUAUUGAUCUAACGUUAAUUGACUCGAGGUAUCACAUAGAAUGAAAUCAUUUACGUAAAUGUAUGCAAAUUGAAAUUUUCUUUGACAUUAUCUGAAACUUAAAUAUUGUUUAAUCGAACAAUUCGAGCAAUGAUUUACAUAAAAACAUCGAGUAUGCGAAAGACGAACUUUUGUACUUUAAAUAUCUUUGUAAUCUUAAUGGUGACGAAUAAAAGAAAGU